UCACGGACUAACAACAUCGUGUUUUGCUUGGUAUCUCGGCGAGUUCGGGGGCGGCAGGACUUUGACUUCCGCCCCGCAGUAUUGGCGGGACGGCGCGGCGGUUACCCGUCGGCCCUUGCGCGGGCGGGAACGGCCGGCCGCCAUUUGGUGCGUCGACAGCGCGAAGAUGGAGACUUCGGGCAGCAAGUCGCCGGCAGUGGCUGUGCUACUCUUCUGUUGAAUUAUCAGGUGUCUGUAGAAGUGGAAGUUGCUGUACUUUUCAUCACACAAGCUCACAAUGGCAGGAAGGUGGAGUUUGAAGGCUAACGAGAGGAGCAGGCUGUGUGGAAUAGCCCACAUCUUCAACAGGCAGUGGUCUACGGAGGGAGGGCUGCUUUCUGUCUGGAUUCACAAAGUAAAGGAAAAUGUAACUGCUGGAUUGAAAGACUGCUGACUUCUCAACAGCCUGGGUGUUCAUACAGAUUAAUUUUUUGACUGAACAGUUAACAUUUUAUGAAGUCAAAUAUCGGUUCUGGUCUCUGGAUUUGCCUUGUGAUUUAUAGCCUGUGGUUGGAGACUAGUAUCACUGUACUGUGUCAGUUCCCUUGCAUUGGAACACAAGCCUGUGGUAGUGCAAGUCGGGUGAUUGUUUACCAUGGCAAAGUGGUUCAAGGACUUCCAGCUGAGCUUAAAGACCCGACCGAAGCCAGAGGGCACUGGGGUAACCCGGAGUGGGGCAGACUCUGAGGGAACAAACAGGAAUCGGCGUGCCACCCAGAGCGAGGUGACCCCGCGGGGAGUUGGCAGAGAGAUAAAAGGAGCUGCAGAGAGAGGGCAUGGAGAGUCGGGGCUGGGGAAACUCGGAAAAGCGGUAAGUGCUGGCAUACAAGGAAAAUCUACCAGCCUUCAAGGAAAGACUGUUGGCACCACUCUUUUACGAGGGAAAACUGAAGCAAAUAAAGGCCCUGCUCAGGGAAAAAAUCCCACAGGACUGAUUAAAAAUGGAUUAACUAUAAAGAAGGAUAAUGGGAAACCAAUCAAAGGUUCUGGGGAGAAUGGGAAUGGUAUCCCUGGAAAAAACAUCAAAAAUUCCCUUGUGGAUACUGGGAGUGGUGAUGAAGCUGGAAAGCCGGUCAAAAAUCCAUCGUUAAAACGGGGACAAAAUGCCAGCAAACCAGGACAAAGUUUUUCUGGGAAGCUCAGUUUAAAUCCAGGGAAAAUUACAGGGAAGAGCCCAGCCAAAACCGAAUUGAAAACUGAUCCAAUAACUGGGAAACCAGACUCAAAAACUGGAAAGGCCGAUGUAAAAGUGGGGAAAACUGAUAUAAAAAGUGGGAAACCUGACCUGAAGUUAAAGAAGGCAGAUUUAAAAACAGGAAAGCCAGAAACAAAAACUGCAAAGACCCCUGAUUUGAAAACUGGAAAAACUGACCUGAAACCAAGCAAAACAACUGGCCAAAAUCCUGGGAAAACUGGAUUGAAUCUUGGAAAAAUAACAGGGACCAACCCUGGGAAAAAUGGAUUGAAAUCUGGGAAAACAGGACAAAGCCUAGGGAAAACAGGACUGAAUCUUGGAAAAAUAACAGGGACAAAACCCGGAAAAUCAGCACAAAACCCUGGGAAGCUCUCAGGAUCAAACUAUAUUUCAUCCAAACACAGACUGAUCAAAGUGGAAAACCAAGAGAAAAAUGGGAAAAAUCUUCUGAACAGGAUUCAGAGUGUGAAAAAGGAAGAAGAAAGUGGGAAAGCCAAACAGGACACGAUCAUCAUUGUGGAGGAUUAUGCAGAUCCUUAUGAUGCCAAGAAACGAGAGACAGGACAGAAUGAGGCAGAGCGGGUGGGGGAAAACGACGGCUACAUGGAGCCAUACGACGCACAGCAAAUGAUUACAGAAAUCCGAAGGCGAGGAUCAAAGGAUCCACUUGGGAAGCAAUCCCUGUUGUACGAUAGUCCCUAUGAACCAGGGGAAAUGGGACCAAAGACAGAAGCCCUCGGGAACUCUGCGUUAGAAAGGACGGGAAACCAGUGGCCAAUUGACAGCUGCCUGCCAGAGAACGAUGAACGACCUGCAGCAGAGUACGAACAGCCCUGGGAGUGGAAGACAGAACAAAUCGUAAAAGCACUUGCAGUCCAGUUUGACUCCGCAGAAAGAGGAUCCCCACCAAAAGAGGAAAAAGUCAAACACCAUAACAGGCACCCAAGCUGGACUCAGAAGGUCCCAAAGCAACAGAAUCCAGAGAGCAGUGAGAUAGGAGAGAAGGUGGAUCCAACCAUUCCUUUAGAAAAACAAGUCUGGUAUCACGGACCCAUCACCCGGAUGGAAGCAGAAUCUCGUCUGCAGGCCUGUAAGGAGGCCAGUUACUUGGUACGAAACAGUGAGUCAGGAAAUAGCAAGUAUUCACUUGCCUUAAAAACCAGCCAGGGAUGUGUCCACAUCAUAUUGGCCCAGACCAAAGACAAUAAAUAUACGCUGAAUCAGAACAGUGCUCUCUUCAACAGUAUCCCAGAGGUAGUGCAGUACUAUUGCACUGAGAAGCUUCCAUUCAAGGAUGCGGAGCACAUGACUCUCCUUUACCCUGUGCCAAACAAACAGCAAUAACUUGCACAGCCGUCUGUGAGGACAAUCUGCUGAACAGAGGACAUUCCAUCUGUUAGACCAUCAGUGGCCUCCCAACCAAUUCCAACUGACAGAGAGAGAGAGAGAGAGAGAAAAGCAAGGGGGAGGAGCAGAUGUUGCACAAUGUAGUUAAUAUGUAUGACAAAACAGCUUCCAAACUCACAAACAGGUACAAGAGGAGAAACAUGGUCACAUGCUGCACACUUACAGCCCUCCAUUGCAGUGGAAGCGAGUGACUCAAAGGACAUCACCGGAACUAGUCUUCUAACAGAGUGUAGUGGAAAUUGAUUGCAAGCAGAAUGUGGCCUGUUUUCCAGCCCAGUGAACAUCAGAUAGACUGGAGAGAGGUGAAUUGGGAAAGAGUAAAGGAAUGAGUGGGUCCAGGCUGUUUCACCCUGGGCUCUGCCUUUGUGUCUAGCUCAGAAUGAUGGGCUGAAGGUCUCCAUGUUCAGUUAACUGGCUGUGAAAUGAAUCUACAGCGCCCCCAAUCCGUCACUUUGGUCUCAGGACAGCAAUCUCAUUUGGAGGCCAGAGAACAGCUGAAACAAGGACUAAGAUCCCGUCACACAAAUACAAAUUUGGCAUUGGGUUCAAGCACUCUGACCAGCAUAAAGGGUGCUUUAUUCAGUCUGUAAAAUUUGCACUGGGCACAUUUGAAGGCACAGUGCAGGGGCCCUGGGCAUGUUUGAUGUGACAGUGUAGAGUGAGUGUACCUCUAUAUCUAACCCGUUGUUUCUUUAGUCUGUGUCUAACUUGUGCUGUCUCUGCCCUGGGAGUUAGUGACGUGUCAGUGUAGAGGGAGCUUUACCCUGUUUCUAACCUGUGCUAUCUCUGCCCUGGGAAUAUGUCAUGGGACAGUGUAGAGUAAGCUUUACUCUAUGUCGAACCCUGGGAGUGUGUGAUGGAGCAGUGUAGAAGGAGUUUUACCCCAUGUCUAACCUGCACAUCCCUUCCAUGGGAAUGUUUAAUUAGAAUAGUGUAAAGCUCCCUCUACACUAUCACAUCACAUACUAGUUUGUGUUGGGAAUGCUCUAAGCUUUCACUAGGAAGGAUUCUCAAUUGCCAGAAAUGUCAACUCUCACCUUAAAUAGCAAAACAAAUUGCAAAAAAAAAAUUGCCAAUUAACAGUUGUUGCUGCAUUUCACUGUACAAAUUGUUUUGAAGAACUUAACAUUGCAAGAGGCUAGAUUAACACAUGCACUGUCUUGUUCCUGAUGUGUUUUGCUCUCACUUAGAAAACACACCAUGUGUUAUUCUUGGUAACGACAAUCCUCGUAUCUGUGCAGAGUUCACACCUUCUGCUGAUGGGACGCGAUGGUGGGCAGUAACAGAUGGUGAGGUGUCUUUAUUGAAUUGUAUUCUGUGACAAACAGUGAUAAUGGGAUUUGUUUCACUGCUUCUGUUCCUGCAAUAUGUCUUAAUUAAAAAACAC